UAUAUGCCUGCGCGCUCCACGACCGUUGCACCCGAAGCAAAGGGAAAGCGAAGCAAGCGUAGUCUGUGCAUCGGCCAUGGAGAGCUCCUCCUCGUCUCUGUUGCUGAGUUCGUACGCCGGCAGCAACAAGAGGGCCAGGGGUGCCGACCUUGAAGUUGUCUCGUCCGCUGAGGCGGAAGCCGCCAAGAGGAUGAGGCCCGAGGACCUACUGGACCUGCUCGACGACGACACCAACGCCGCGGCGGCCGGCGACCUGGCGUCCGUCAUGCGGAGCCUUGAGGAGGAGAUAUGCGCCGACGACCUGACGCCGCCUCAGCCAGAGCUAGGCUUCCUGCUCGAGGCCUCGGACGACGAGCUCGGCUUGCCGCCGGCGGCCGCGGCGUCCUCCUCGUCGGACGACGCCGAGGGCUGGGAGCCGGAGGUGACCGCCGGCGUGUUCGGGGAGCAGAUAUGGAGCUUCGAGGACGAGAUUGAGGGCGCCUACGCCUUCGGCGGCGUUGCCUACUCGCCGGAGGCCGUAGCACAUGGGGUGUGCGGUGGUUCUCCGAUCCGAGUUGAACCACCGAUCAGUUUCGGGCAGGUCGGCAGCCCAGACGUGCCCACAUGGGCCAAGCUUUGAUGCGCUUGGCUUCAUUUGUUGGAUUCUGUCCGCUGUUUUAGCAGUCUGGAUAUCAUUUUGCUCCGACGAGCUCGUAGGUGGGACGCAUCAAGCUUGGCCCAUGGUUCCACGCGCAUAUUAUUUUGCCCUGAUGAUGACUUUGCUACUGUUGAUAUCUUGCGUGAGUUAGAAAUCUCUAGAAAUUUGUUGCAUGACAAAAAUAUUGAUACUAAUUCACAAAAAAAUAUCGUUAAUGAUGGGUUGGGUAAUGAUGU